GAGGAGGAAGAAAUAAAGGCACGUCUUGAGGAGGAAGAAAUAAAAGCACGUCUUGAGGAGGAAAAAGAAAUAAAGGCACGUCUUGAGGAGGCACGGCAAAAACUUGAUGAGGAGUUAAAGGCCCAACAAAAGAUUGAGGAAGAAAAAGAUCGACUACAACUCAGAACAGAGGAAGAAGAAUUGAAAGGACAACAACAAAUGAUCGAAGGGGAAGAGCAUCCAUAUAAACAUAUGGAAGAAUUGAAAGGACAACAAAGAACAGAGGAAGAAGAAUUGAAAGGACAACAACAAAUAAUCGAAGAGGAAGAACAUCCAUAUAAACAUAUGGAAGAAUUAAAAGAACAACAGCUUAGAAUAGGAUCCGACGAUAAUAAUCUUAUAUCUGUAGGCAUAAAGAGACAGCACUGUCUCGAUGAUAUUCUCAAUGAUGCUCAUGAAGUCAAGAGAGUUUCUAAGAAAGCCCGCACACAAGAUUAUUACAGUGACGAUAAUCUAUUAGUAACUUCUGCGAACAAUUGUAGUGAUGAAAACAGUUUCAGUGUUAAUGAGAAUAUCGAUUUUCCCAGUAACAAAGAAAUCGACAGAAGGGGGAUAUAUAUAUCACAAAACGAUGAUGAUAAGCCUUUAGAACAAGAAAUUACCAACGAUAACCAGCAUAAUCACUCAAUGAACAAUAGUCUUGAUAAGAGUAUAAAUUCAAUUUCUACGUGUAGUAAUAUUAAUAAAGGUGAAGAAAAUUCUUUGGAAAGCAAAAGUGAGAAUUAUAUAACCGAAAUCCAAGGGUCGAGAAUGCCGUUUGAUCCUGUACGAGAUGCUCAGAAUGUCGAUAUGAACCAAGAUAUGGUAUAUUCUUACACAACACCUAAUACGAUGCCUGAUGAUGAGAAUACUUACAAUCAGCAUCCAUUGUAUUCUAGACCGGCUGAAACAUUAGAGGUUAAUAACAAUGCAGAAACUUUGGUAAACGAAGCUAUACAGCCCGAAGAGUGCCAUAUUGAACAAAUCGCAGGUUCUCAUCUUAACCUUCUCAUGCAAGCAGUCGGUCUUUUAGAAGCAGGGGUAUCAUCAUUACCUGAAGAUUUGUAA